AUGCACUCGUCGUUAGCCAGGCUAGCGAGGGUCGCUUCAUCACAUACGCGUGUAUUUGUGGGACCUCCAGAUGCUGUCUCACGCCUUCGUCCUAUUGUAUAUGAUGGUAUAGCCGGAAGUGUAUCAAGACCUACAAGUGACUCUCACCCAUAUUCCCUCUCAGAGUUUUCUGCGCCAAUCAUCACGAAAAAGCGUGGCGCGAUUUCUUCUUACGCGGAACGAGUCAUGUCCCAACUAGAGACGCUGCAACUGCAUACGCGCUUACAGACCAUAUGGCUGGAUCAAUUUAAUCAUCGAUUCUGGACCGAUAAUAAUGCUCGCUUCGAGCGGGCCGAGUCAGAUUACAAGUCUCGCCUCGCGUUGCCAGGGCCUGUGCCACUCGAGCUCAUGUCUCCAUUCUAUCGCGAAUGGCUCCGCGUAAAUUCUGUUCGUCUACGUAACUACAAUCGUGUAUUAUGGACGACUACGUACAAAGUUAUCUUUGCACAAAUACGCCUGUCACUCUUCUCGUACUACACUCGCGCUAUUUUGUGGCUCGCCGGUGGCUUGUAG